AUGGUCGAGGUCAAUUUAAACCACUUACAAAAGGAUUUAUUGUUACCUGAAGAUUUAAAUAAAAAUGUUACAAGUGCGGAAGAUGUUUUUUCUCAUCCCGUGAUCUGUAAUAAUGAAAGAAAUACAGAAACAAAUAACAAUGAAAAUUAUGAAGAUAAAGGCGUUGAGAUGGAUGGAACAUAUUUGAAAAUGAAUAUAAACAGCGAGCAAGUUAAUCAGGAAAGUAGCUAUCACAAAAAUGAAUAUAAUGAUAAUAGUAAUAACACUAACGAUUAUAAUAAUAGUAUUAAUGAUAAUAAUAAUAACGAUAUUAUUGCACCUACACUUUUGAACAUAUUCAAAUAUGAGUCUCUAUGUAAUGCCUUUCACAAUGACUUCAAUGGAUGUGUUGACACCGACGCUUGGAACCAAAAUAGCAACAACAUUUCGUGUUCAGGAUUAAACAGUUAUGUUUUCAGUGAAUAUUCUACUGAACCUCUAUCUUGUGAUGUACAAAAUAACAUAAUUCCAGUUUUCUUUAACGGUCUGGAAUGUGAGAAAGAUAAGUACGGAGACAUGAAGGACAACAAACUAAACGACGAAUAUGUGAACAACGGUCUAAAUGAAGUUACUUGUAAAGUAAGAAACACCGGACAUUGUACAAAACCAUUCGAAUGUGUUGAAAAUAGUUAUUUAGAAAGUUUUAAAGCGUUUAUAGAGGAAUUGAAGAAUGUAGAUACAGAAGCUGACGAAAUUGCUUCCGUUAGUUCAAUUUCAGAACACUGUAGCGGGUAUCAAUCGUCUGAUUUUGAAUUUAUAGAUGAAGCUGAAGCCAAAGAAGCGAUGUUUGUUACUAAAGGAAUUUCGAGUAUAGAAACACUGGCAGAAAACAUCAAUUCUGAUUUUAAAUUCAACGACAAAUCCGAAGCUAAAAUGAAGGUAUUCCAUACUAACGAAAUUCACACAAUGGAAAACAGGGAAGAAACCAAUAGCUAUAACCCUAAUGCUGAAAAUGCUAUUUCUUUUAACAACUUGGAAGCCUCCAGCACAAGGAGUUUCAUGUAUAAUAGAAAUAAUAUUCAUAAUACCACUUAUCGAGGAAACUUAUUUGAUACUCACCAUAUCCCCACAAUGAAUAGCAGGGAAGUAACAAAUAGCUUUAACCCUCACGCUCAAAAUGCGAUUUCUUUUAACUAUUUGAAAGCCUCCAGCUCAAGGAAUUUCAUGUACAAUAGAAAUACUUUUGAUAAUACCGCUUAUCAAGAAAACGCUAACUAUCAACAAAACCACGUUAUACCUGAAGGUGAAGAUUUCUUAAAUCUUUUUCAAGGAGCACACGUACCGGCUUAUGAAUCACGUUUCUUUGAAAACAAGUCCAUAUUCGCUAGAAAUCCAACGUCCACUGUAAAACAUAUAGGUUUCGACAUAAGCAUGUUGCUUGAGGGACAUAAACAGUAUAUAUCUGAAAAUGAUGGUGAGUAUAGAAUAAGAACAUUACCGUUACCGUUACAGCCUAUUCAAGUCCACUGCUAA